CUAUUACACCUACGCGCCUAUACGGAAGGAAGCUUCGAACGGUGUAGACAACCGUGAUAUUCAAAAUGGAACUUUGUAAAACUAUUUGGAGAAUAAUAACUCCUACAAAGGCGUUGCAGCAAUCGAGUGGCCAUUUAGAAACGUUGUUCUUUGAGUCUGUUUAUCGCGUCUCUUACUUGAUGGGACUGUCCACUUCAGACCACGACAUGUUUUAUUUAUUGUACAGUACGACUGUUAAGUUCAUGAUAACUUUGCUCGUUUGUGGGGAGCUGUGGUACAUCUUCACUGAAACUUCUAGUUUGGAUGGAAUCGCCUCCAGUAUCAACGUGACCCUCAUCCAGUUCAUCACCAUAUAUAGAUACAAGAACAUGAUGGAUCACAAAGAUAUUUACAAAAAGUUAGCAACCUCCAUGGAGUCUCCGUACUUUGAUACGUCGAAUGAAAAAAGGAAGCAACUAGUCGUAUUCUGGGCUAAAAGGAAUGAAAAAUAUUUGAAGCUACUACUGUUUUUGGGAAAUUGUACUCUUGCGGCUUGGUACUUAUACCCAUUAGUGGACGAUAUAGAAUACAACUUGAUAAUCGGAUUCCAUACACCGUUUUCAUUCAAAACUCCAUUGCGAUAUCCAGUGGUGUAUCUCGUUGUGGUGAUUGCAUUCACCUACAUAUCUCAUUUCGUGAUGGUAACAGACUUGAUCAUGCAAGCCCAUCUCAUACAUUUGCUCUGCCAGUUCACGGUCCUUGCGGAUUGCUUCGAGAAUCUUCUAGACGAUUGUCAGCAUGGAUUUGAAGAUGUGCCUCGAAAUAUGUUAGUGAACAAUAAACAGUUUGCGUCGAAAUAUAUAAGGCGAUUGGGGCAUUUGGUGGAGCAACAUAAGAAAAUUUUAAAACACACAGUUAAUCUAAGGAAUACAUUAAGUAGACCGAUGUUGGGACAGCUAGCUGCUAGCGGGACACUUAUUUGUUGCAUUGGAUAUCAAGCUACUACUACAAUGACGGAGAGCAUAGUCAAGUGCCUAAUGAGUCUCUUUUACUUGGGAUACAACAGCUUUGAAUUAUACAUAAUUUGUUUGUGGUGUGAAGAAAUCACUACACAGAGCAUGAACAUAGGCGAUGCAAUAUACUGCUCUGGAUGGGAAUGUGGGGUAACCAGGUUGCCCGGAGUACGUUCCACCAUCACACUGGUGCUGGCCAGAGCCAACAAACCGCUGGUCUUGACUGCUGGAGGGAUGUACAACCUGUCACUUACUGCGUAUACCACUUUAGUAAAGACAUCAUACAGCGCUCUGACAGUGCUGCUCCGUUUCCGUCACGAGUAGUGAAUUUAGUUCGUCACUACUAGAUAAAGUCGUGAUAUCAUCGACAUUACUCACGCCUAUGUUUGCUUAGAACAAAAACCAUUGUUUGAUCAAACUGUAAACGCUAAUAUUGUACCACGUUGAAAUAUUUAAU